GCCUUCGGGAGUGCGCAGGCGCAGACGUCGCGGCUCUCCAUCAUCGCCUUUGUCUGGGUCAGCCUCCUCUUGGGCCCCCAGGAGCUGAAGUUUCUCCACCCCUCAAUCCUCCCGAGAGUCCUCAGCCUCCAGCCUGCCUCGCCGCUGCUGCUUUGAUUUACAGACACAGCAUCAGAGUCCUGAGUUGCUCCGUUCAAACAAAGACAGUGUGUGGCCGAGAAGAAACGUGAGUCUGCCGGUGAAUGAAGCCUUUUAUGAUGCCUUAAUGUCCUUAGAGCUUCCUCGAGAGUUUACAACCUCCAACGGGUGUGUGUUUGUUUGUUUACUGCGAUCAGCUCUUUCCCGUUGGAGGGACAGUUGCUGAGCAUUCAUUAGAAACAGCCUGUGGAGUUUAUACACUGAUAAGGACACGGGAGGAAAGAAUUGUGAGUUAAGUCUCAUCUUUCUCUAUAGAAAUAGACUAAGAACAAAUUCGGAAAACCUAGGAAACGAAGUAUUUCCUCUGGGUUCUUCAAGAGUUCUCUCCUAAAUAUGGGACUCAGUUAAAGAGACUUUGAACUAUCAUUUACACACAUCCAUAAUUUAUUUGUGAAAAUGAAAGAAAAUAUAAAAAAAGAACGAUUAACAUAAAGACAGUGCUGUUUUUCAGUCCCUCUGUAACCACGUUUCAGGUUUCUCAUAUAAAAAGUCUCUCAUCCAUAUUCGGCGUCACUAGAUACUUGUGAUUUAGUAUUGAAAAGAAAGUAUAUGUAUUUAGUGAAUGUGGAAAAGCUUUCAUCCUUUCUCAGUAGAUGCUAGGAGAAAUUUUUUGUGCAUAACAGAAUGCUGGAAAGUCUUCAGCCUGAGUCAGAUCUCCUGAAUGAUGAACUUGCUCCCGGAGAGACACUUUAUGAAUGUAACGAAUGUAGAAAAACCUUUGGCCUGGAACAGAACUUUGUGGAACAUAAGAAAAUGCAUAGUGGAGAGAAACUGCAUGAGUGUACAGAAUGUGGUAAAGAGUUUUCUCGAGUCGCCUCACUUACUCUGCAUUUGAGAAGCCACGCACCGAAGAAAUCCUACACAUGCAGUAAAUGUGGAAAAGCCUUCAGCCAGAGAGCAAACUUGCUGUCUCACCAGAAACAACAUACUGAGGAGAAAGCCUAUGAGUGUGAGAAAACUUCCGUCGCAGUGACAGCCCUCACUAGAAAUCAGAGAAAUGUGGGCAGUAAACCAUAUGCGUGUAAGGAAUGUGGGAAGGCUUUUAAUGGUAAAUCAUAUCUCAAAGAACACGAGAAAAUUCAUACUGGAGAGAAACCAUUCGAAUGUAACCAGUGUGGAAGAGCCUUCAGUCAGAGGCAGUACCUCAUUAAACACCAGAACAUCCACAGUGGAAAGAAACCUUUUAAAUGUAAUGAGUGUGGAAAAGCUUUUAGCCAGAAAGAAAACCUCAUUAUACACCAGAGAAUCCAUACUGGAGAGAAACCAUAUGAAUGUAAAGGGUGUGGGAAAGCCUUCAUUCAGAAGUCAAGCCUCAUCAGACACCAGAGAAGUCACACUGGAGAGAAACCUUAUACGUGCAAGGAGUGUGGAAAAGCCUUCAGUGGCAAAUCGAAUCUCACUGAGCAUGAGAAAAUUCACAUUGGAGAGAAACCCUAUAAGUGUAAUGAAUGUGGAACAAUCUUCAGGCAGAAACAGUACCUUAUCAAACAUCACAAUAUUCACACGGGCGAAAAGCCCUACGAAUGUAAUAAAUGUGGGAAAGCCUUUUCUCGGAUUACAUCACUUAUUGUACACGUGAGAAUUCACACAGGUGAUAAGCCCUAUGAAUGUAAAAUCUGUGGGAAGGCCUUCUGUCAGAGUUCAUCUCUUACAGUGCAUAUGAGAAGCCAUACGGGCGAGAAACCCUAUGGUUGUAACGAAUGUGGGAAGGCCUUUUCUCAGUUCUCAACCCUUGCUUUACACAUGAGAAUCCAUACCGGUGAAAAACCCUAUCAGUGUAACGAGUGUGGGAAGGCUUUCAGCCAGAAGUCUCACCACAUUAGACACCAGAGAAUCCAUAUCCAUUAAAACUCUAUGAAUGCCUUAGAUACAGGAAAGCUUGAGCAGAAUGUAUGAUUAAUAUAUCAAAAGAUUUAUCUUACAUUGAAGUUACACAAAUGUGAGAAAUCUUUCUGUAGUGACUUAAAAGCUUAAAAUAUAAAGAUAUUUAAUAAGAUAUAUUACAGUAUUAUAUACUUCCCAGACUCACAAUAAACCUUAUUAGUGCUACCAUUGUAGGAUCCUUCUUAAUGAACUUAGAGUCCAGUGGUCUUAAUUAGGAUAGUCUUAGGAAGAUUAUCAAAGGUAUUAAGAUAAUAUCAGCAAUAUAAAGGUUUGAAAAUAAGAGGAAAAAAAUAUUUUUGAUAUAUGCUUUGGUAUAUAGAUAAUUUGUGAAAAUCAUUUUUCAAAGAAGGCAUUUUGGGAUAGGGUCUCCCUAUGUACAUAGCUCAGGAUGACCUCAAACUCACCAUGUGGUCCAAGUUGUCCUCAUGUUUCUGUUAAUCCACUUACUUGUCUAUCCAUUGCUACAAUUACAGAUAUCACCAUGCCAGCUCAAGUCUUUGUUGAUGGAAUUGUAUAAAGUUGAGGUCAGAACAGAAUGUCGAAUCUGGAAACAUGGAUGAAUUCGUGGGAAACUGGUAACUGAUUGUGGCAAUAUCCUAGAUCAAUGGGGAAAUCGUGGAGGACUUAAAAAAUAAUCUCAGGAUCAUUAACUCUUUGUGUGGGAAAAUAAGAGGCCUCUGAUGUAAUUUAUUAAAUAUUUCUUGGGAAUUCCAGUGUCUGCAGAAAGCAAAACUUUGUGUCAGAAUUUUCUAAGAGGACGGUUUCUGAGACCUUGGAGGAGAAAACAAAUUUUAGGUUCUAGAAUCCUCAGCUGUUAAUCUUGAGCAUUUAUACUUAUUCUCAAGGGGUUGGUAUGCCUGUGUGGGGAGCCAUGGACCAGCUAGUCUGUUCAUCACAGCAUGCAUCUUGGUAGCGGAAGGUGGGCGUCUCUGUUUUUCGCUUGUGAAGUAGAUAAAGAAGAAAAUGUAACUGUCAUACAGUAAAGUACAACAGAUGGAAUCCGUGCUCACAGCAAACCAAAACAGUGUAUCAGUGUGGAGAAGAUUGAAGCAAUGGAUAUAUUGUCAUUUUCCUAUGUAAAUCUGAAUAAAACCAACUUAUCAACCCCAGUA